UAUGAUAGAAUUUAAGAUAUAGAUUGUGCGGUGUGGUUGGGUAAAAGUACGAGAGAGAAAAAAAUCAAAAAGUUGUGGUUAACUAUUGGGAUACAUUGGUUAUUAAAUAAGUAUAAAAAUGGUUAUGGAUUAGAUAGAAGAUAAAAAAAUUAAUAAAAUAAUCUAUAAUCACAAUGGUUGUGGGCAACCAUUAUGUUUACUCUAAACUCCAUUGAUAGGAGAGAUAAAACAUGGUGGGGUAUUGAUAAAGGAGAGAGAAUGGUGGGGUUACUCACCAUUGUAGGAAAAAUAAGGGAAUGACUCAAGAGAGUGAAAUAUGAUGUGACAUUAACCGGACGUUUUCUAACGAUUUACACCCUCUGUUUCUUCUUCAUUCACCCAUUCUUCUCUCCUCUCUCCUCUGUAAUUUAGCAAACAUUCUCCAUUGAACAAGCCUCAUCAACUACAUAAACAUAAUCAUUCAGCUACCAAAGAAAAUUAAAUCAUACACUAGCAAUAACAACAUCCCACCAUUAGCAAUUCCAUCAAUUUCAAUUUCAUAAAAAAUUAAAUUAGUAAAACCAAUCGUGAAACAAUCAAGUCCAAUAAAACUUGCAGUAAAUUUGCAUAAUCAACAUUCACAAUCAAAUGGAAGGAAAGGGUAACAAAUUGGUUCCAGAAAGCCCACCCUUGCCACCACCAAACCAAUAAUUAUCAUGCCCGCUUCCGCCUCCGCCACCACUACCAUCACCAUACCUCCUAUCUUCUUCGAGAACCCACUACCAUCCUCUCUCCUUCCACCAUCCUCCUCCUCAUACUCAUCUACUCCUUCAUCCUCUUCUUCCUAUUCCCUCCUCCGCCACCACUACCACCACCAUACCCAGAAUUCCUCGUCGAAAUAGCCGCCACAUUAAUUUGAAAUUUGAUUCGAAUUGCGACAUACCGGACUUGUGGAGAAACAGCUCUCGAAUUGCAGUAUGGCCAGUAUCUUAGGGAGGAGAGUCAGAACUCAUAAGAGUGAGGAGAACGGAGUAACAAUAGGUGUUGCAACAGAGUGUUGAUACAGAAGCAGUUAACGCCAACAGUAUGAAAAUGACCUUUUGACCCUUUUAUAAACGUAACUUGUUAAUAUGACAUAUUAACCCGUAUUUUCUCUUUAAUUUUUAUUAACCUAAGCUGCUAUUAAACUUUAUAAACCAAUAUCAGCCGGAAGUAAAAAAAAUUGUGGUACCGCUUGGAAAAGUCGAAACCUGGAGUAUACUAGUGGGAAUUUCAUUAAAAAAAAAAAAAAGGAAAAAAAAAAAAAAAAAAAAAAAAAAAAACUUAGAAGUAUGUACACAGUACACUCUUAUGCUGCACGGCUGCAGUGCUGCACCCUUUUCUCUCUCCCUUCCAUUGAAGCACAUUUUGAAGCAGCUUCUGACCUUUCUCAACUCCAUUGACACAGCUUUUCAGAUAAGAUUUUCUUCUUUAAUCAUUCAUUACUGAUUUCAUUCUAGGGUUUAGUUUCACACUAUCAUUGGUUUGUGUUGAGUAAUUUAGGGUACUUCACUUCUUCUAAGGUGUAUUAUUGAACUAUUGAUUACAAUCACCGAACUUAUGCUAGAUUAUAACCAGCAAAAUUGUUGUUAGAAUUAUUCUAUUUACAAUAUACAUUGAUAAUCUUAAGCAACAAGAAUUUCAUCCGAAAUUUCAAGCCUAAUUUGAGUCAAACUUGGUUGCUAAUGUGUUGCAGACCUUUGUUUAUAACCCUUUAAUGUUAGGACUGAAUUAUGCAAAUGUACCUAUUAUCUUGGUGGCCGCUCCUGCCCAUGUUCAUCGCCGAGCCUGAUUAAAAAACCCGAAAGGCCGGAAAGCAGUUUGGUAGGGAUUAGGGAAGGAUUACUUUGUUUGUAUCAUGUUUUAUGGAAGAAGUAAUCUGUUUUCUGCCGUUGUUGCUAGUAGAACUCGGUUUCGCUUUCUUGGGGUUGCCUCAAUAUCCUCUCUACAGCCUUUUGAACCGAACAUUGAGACUAUUCCUGGAUGUAUUUCCUUCUUACAGAUGUUUGCUAAGAACUCCAACUUGUACAAAGGCAAAGAACUGCAUUCAUGGAUGUUUAAGCACGACCUUUUGGGUUCUCCUUUAUCGAUUACGAGUCUCAUUAACAUGUAUUCUAAGUGUGAUCACAUAUCCUAUGCGUUGUCUGUGUUUUUGACAUCCAAAGAUAUUCAUAAUGUUUAUACAUACAAUGCAAUCAUAGCGGGUUUUGUUGGGAAUAAUUUAAAUGAUGAAGAUUUUGAGCUUUAUGUGGAUAUGAGGCAUCAAGGUUUGCAGCCAGAUAAGUUUACGUUUCCUUGUGCAAUUAAGGGCUGUUCAGAAGUUGUUGAAGUGAAAAAGAUUCAUGCUUUGUUGUUUAAGUUUGGGUUGGAAUCAGAUGUAUUUAUUGGCAGUGCUUUGGUCAACUGCUAUUUGAAGUUCAGGGCUAUGAGUGAAUCUUAUAAUGUGUUCAAUGAGUUGCUUGUGAGGAAUGUUGUGCUUUGGAAUGCUAUGAUCAAUGGUUAUGUUCAUAUUGAGGAAUUUGAAAUGGCUUUGGAAAUAUUUAGGAAGACGAAUGAAGAUGGUUCUUUGCCAAAUAACUUCACCGCGACAGGGGUUUUAUCAGCCUUGGCUAUGAGUGCGGACAUUAUUAACGGACGUUCAAUGCAUGGUUUUGUUAUAAAGAAGGGUUAUGAAUCGGUUGUUUCAGUUUCAAAUACAUUGAUUGAUAUGUAUGGGAAAUGCAAAUGUGUUGAUGAUGCCUCAAGGAUCUUUGAGUGUAUGGCAGAAAAGGACUUAUUCUCAUGGAAUACAAUUUUAAGUGUUCACGAACAAUCUGGUGAUCAACAUGGAGCAGUGGAACUUUUCCACAGGAUGUUAGACGCUGGUGCUAGACCCGAUUUAGUCACUAUUACAAUAGUACUUCCUGCUUGUUCUCAUCUGGCUGCUCUGUUGCAUGCUAAGGAAAUCCAUAGGUACAUGAUUGUCAAUGGGCUUGGGAGUAGUAAAACUGUGAGUGAUUUUGACCACUUGCUUGUAAACAAUACUCUUAUGGAUGUGUAUGUAAAAUGUGGUACUAUGAGAUAUGCAUACAUGGUUUUUGACAAGAUGAUUUUCAGAGAUGUGGCAUCUUGGAAUAUCAUGAUCAUGGGAUUUGGCAUGCAUGGCCAAGGGAACGAAGCAUUAUCUAUGUUUGAUUUUAUGUGUGCUGAAAAAAUAGCACCAGAUGAGGUGACAUUCAUUGCUAUUCUGUCAGCUUGUAGUCAUGCAGGUCUUCUAAGGCAGGGCCGUGAAUACCUUUCACAAAUGGAGUCUGUAUAUGGUGUGGUUCCUACUAUUGAACAUUAUGCCUGUGUGGUUGAUAUGCUUGGUAGGGCAGGGCAGCUUGAUGAGGCUUAUGAAUUGUUAUUGGCAAUGCCUAUUGAGAGUAAUGCUGUUGUUUGGAGGGCUUUUUUAGCAGCAUGUAGGCUCCAUGGAAAUUCUACUUUUGCUGAAGUUGCUGCCAAGCAUAUAAAUGAACUUGAUCCCGAACACUGUGGAAGUUAUGUAUUAAUGUCAAAUAUUUAUGGUGCUGCUGGUCAAUAUGAAGCAGUGUCGGAUUUAAGAUUGACUAUGAAAGGACAAAACAUAAACAAGAAUCCUGGUUAUAGCUGGAUUGAGGUCAAUAAUAGUGUCCAUAUCUUCGUUACUGGUGACCAGAAUCAUCCUGAAGCUAAUUCAAUCUAUGCCAGUCUAGACUCAUUGAUUGCUCCUCUUUGUGAGCAUGGAUAUGCUCUUUCUUCCCUAUAAACAAUAGGAACUUGCUUUUUCUCAGUGGUGAGAUACAAUUGAAAUUUUUUCUUGAAUAUGCCGGUUAGAUAAAGCUGAGGUGGUAAGUCAGGUUCAUUGGUUUAAUAUAGACAACUGAUAAAGCCCUUUGUUAUGUCUGUUAAAAUUGACUUUGUUUGGUUUGCUGGGCUAGGGACUGCACUUAUGGAAUGGCUUUAAACUGACUUAGUGUAUAUCUGGCAGUGGCUAUUUUGCAGCAUAUUGGAAGAACGAUCAAAGAUAUGAUUUGGUGGUUCUGUAAGUUACUAUUAUUUUUCCCUACGGCUCUUGCAACAGCAUUGGAUAUCAUCUGAGCAGUGUAUCACUUGUUUUCAUCUCUGUUACAUUUUCACUUUGGAAGAAAAGAAGAGUGAGCUGUGGAACACAAUCCAGAGAAAAAGCAUUCUUGCCCCAACCUGACAAAGUCCAUUCCACAAUUACCAUGGUCCAGAACUCAAAUGUCCAGAUUACAUGGUUACUCCUGGAGUCUUGGGACAAGGGAUUACCCGAAAUUGUAUCAUACCUUAUACAUGAUCACUGAUUGAGCCGAUUUCUAUCUUGAUCUCAAGAACAAGGCAUCAAAUGGCAACUAGGGCAUAAGAAUAGAUAUUGAAGAUUAAAUAUAGAACUAUAGAAAUGUUCCCUUAUUUUUAGUUUAUAUUUUGUAGAUUUGGAUUACUUCAAUUUUGUUUUCAAUUCUACUUCAAAUGCUUGUUAAAGAUUAAAAAAUGUCAGAUGACAGCCGGGCUGGCUUUCAGCUUA